UCUUCGUUUCUCAGCGCUACCGCCGGCCCCUGCGCCGCAGAUUAGCAUAGCCCCGCCCCUCCCUGUUGGCCGGGGCAACGAGAGAGAGAGAAGCUGCAGCUUGCUGGCCGCAAAGCGGUCCUGUGUGUGGACUUAUCUCCAGGAAGAUGGCCAUCUCAGGAGGUGCUGCACGACUCUUAGCCAAGCGCCCAGGAAUGCCACGUUGGCAGAAAAAGAAGGAUAAAAGAGAAAGCGAAAACCAGGAGGUUUGGAGGUUUUUCUGGCAACAGAUUCCUCAUGAAGAAGAAGAGGUUUCUUUUCCCUGUAGGACGGGGGGCGAUGGGGUUUCGCAGCACCCUGAGCUGCUCCCCAAGCACAGCCCCCAUCCCACCUCCUGGGCCGCCCACCUGGUGCCCCAAACCACCUUCUGCUCCACCUCCCCACCUCUGCAACCCCUGCGAGGCCAUCGCCCCACGGCCGUGCAUCCCAAGCCCACGUCUGCUGCAGGGGAACCUUCUUUGCCUCUCACUUGCCCAACUCUCUCCCUCUCAGUGCUCCAGUCUCCGUCGUGCUCACCUCGCCCAGGCUUCUCCCACGUCUGCCCCAACGCCUGGCUCGGUUUCCAAGGGAAAUGCUUUUAUUUCUCGGACACCAAGAGUGACUGGAACAGCAGCAGGGAGCAGUGCCAGCACCUCGGAGCUUCCCUGGCCACCGUGGACACGGAGGAGGAGAGGGCUUUCAUGCUGCAGUACCGGGGCCCGGCAAACUGUUGGAUUGGGCUGCACAGGGCAGAAGGGGACGAGCACUGGACAUGGGCCGACGGCAGCGCCUUCACCAACUGGUUCCGGCUGCGAGGCGGAGGCCGAUGUGCGUACCUGAAUGGGGGCAGGAUCAGCUCAGCCCUCUGCCACACUGAGAAGCUGUGGGUGUGCAGCAGAGCCGACAGCUUCGUCCUCUGGAGGAAUGGGACAAAUCCACAGUGACAGAUCCCAUCCGCAGCCAGCGCGUGCCAGCACUGCUGGUCUCUAUGAUGCCAUCGGUGCACGCUUAACUCUGCCUCUUUCCAGCAGAGCUGCAGCUGUUCCUGCAUGGAACCAGCCAGCUGUGCGGCUCGUUAUCUCUCAGGGAACAGUUUAAUUGCACCGUGCCUUAAAGGGAGGGUCCUUUGAGGGUCCUUACAGGUCACAGCCCCGUGGGACGGUUGGGUGGGCAGGGUGAGGAUCGCUGCCCCCGAGCCCUGGAGCUGCCAGGACCUGGAGCAGCGCAGCCAGCAGUGUGAGCACAGCACAGAGCGGUGCUGCGUCCCGCGGGGCUCAGCCAACAUUUGGUGCUCCGGGUUUUGAUUUUAUUCUCUUUGGUUCUCCCCACACACACAGUUGUUGUUGUUGUGGUUGUUGUUUCAUGUAAAUAAUGAUCUAAUUUUGUGCUAUUUCAGUA